AUGGAACUACUUGCCAAGAAACGAAAAGCUCUACGAUCCCAGGUCACACGACUGAAUGAAGCUCAAGAAGCCCUGACACCAUCGGGUAAAGCAGAUGUUCGUGUGUUCGAAGAUAGGCUAAAGGCAUUGCAGCUGCAGUUGAACGCUGUGGACGACAAAAUCGAACAAGAGCGUGCAGAUCAACUGGACGAGGCAGAGUUCAAGCAAGUAUUUCAGUACAAUGACAAGUUGGUAACGUGUUUGGCGAAGUUGGCACAUCGACGUGAAGCGUUCGAGGCUUCGGAACGAGCUACACGUGACGCGUCGGGGAGCAACCAUUCGAAUGGAACGGCACCCUCAAUGAAUCGAACGAGGGCUCGGCUGCCCAAGCUGGAAUUCAUGAGGUUCAACGGAGAAAGGACGACCUGGCAGCAAUUUUGGGAGCAGUUUGACCUCGUCGUGCAUCGAAAUGAGGAUCUUACGGAAGUGGACAAAUUCAACUACUUGAAGGGAUGCCUAACGGCUGACGCAGCAGCGGCAGUGAAAGGAUUGCCUCCAACUGCAAGGAGUUACAACGACGCCAUAGACUUGCUCAAGCGACGGUUUGGUGUCGAAGAAUUGCUCGUUCAGUCUCAUAUGAGAAAGCUCAUUGACUUGAAUCCAGUUUGUUCUUCGGAUGACGUCAAGGGUCUCAGACACCUGCAUGAUAACGUGGUUGCACACGUACGAGGAUUGGAAGCAUUGGGAAGAAAGCAGGAGACCUUCAGCAGUCUUCUGCUUCCGAUACUUCAACGAGCCCUACCAAGAGACAUUUUGAUCAGUUUCAACAAAAGGAACAUAAGUGAGCGAAGAAACAGCACGGCAGCGGUUCUCGAGAUGGGUGAACAAGAACCGGGCGACAGUGCUCGUGAGGGAACGAUCGACAGGUCGGAUUCGUUUACACAUUUCUUGAAGGUGCAAGUCCAAAGUCGAGAAGAUGUGGAGUUCAUGCAACACAUGAGCAGUAGGACGAAGAAACAAGGCAGUACACACAGCAACAAAGGCAGAGGCAAGCGCGAAGGUUCCCGGAAGUCAUAG